AAACUCAAUCUCAUUGUGAAGUAAUAACGCGUAUUCUAGACGUUGGGAAUUAUAUAUUUAAAUGAUCCACACUUUACAUAUUUGGAAUGGGUCUUCUAUUUAAUUGUUUGCUUGCGAACGGUUUUUGAUUUCAAUUACAGUAACAUUCAAAUUUAAUUCAAACUGAGACGAGCAUCACAAAUCGUAAAGCUUGCAAGUUUUCGUUUAGCAAAAAUUCGUGUUGGCGAAUGCAAUACAGACGAGAAAAAAAAAAUACGGCAGUUUUCAAUGCCCCGAGUGUUUGGCAACAGUCAGCUGAAACGCAAACACUUGCGCGUGUCUUAUUUGCCAACAAUAAAUGGGAGUAUGAUGUCAAAUAUAAGUCGAAUGCCGUCGAAAAUUUUCCGGUGGAAAAAUAUUUUUCCGAAUUGUUGAACGAGGAUAAAAGUUUAUCGGCUGGCAUUGCUGCGAUAAAAACCUUGUUAGCGGUUCUAAAGAAAACCAAAUUUGACACCGUACAAGAGUUACACUCAACAAUUCAAACGACCGUCAAAACAAUGCGAACUUCAGAUCAUCCAAUUACGGCUAUUGUUUCAGCCAGUGAAUUAUUUUCACGGUUCAUCACACUUGCAGCAUUUGACGAUAAAACAGCUGAUGAAUGCAAAGCGUUGAUGUUGCAUCGUGGCGAAAUAUUUUUAAAGAAAUUGCUCGAAGCACGGAACAUCAUAGCCAAGCAAUGUGCUCAAUUCGUUACGGAUGGUUGUCGAGUUCUAACACAUGCCCGAUCUCGUGCCGUUCUCGAAACAUUAAUUUUAGCAGCAAAAUCGAAUAAACGCUUCCAUGUAUAUGUGACACGCAGUUCGCCGGACAACACAGGCGAACAAAUGUGUAACGAAUUGAAGACGGCUGGUAUUGAAUGUACUUUGAUUUUAGAUGCAGCUAUUGGAUAUAUUAUGGAAUCGAUAGACAUUGUUUUAGUUGGGGCUGAAGGUGUUGUUGAAAGCGGUGGAAUCAUCAACAGAGUUGGAACUUAUACAAUGGCAUUGUGUGCACGUGAAAUGAAAAAACCGUUUUAUGUGCUUGCCGAAAGUUUGAAAUUUUCGCGACUUUAUCCAUUGAAUCAACGUGAUCUACCCAAUGAUUAUAAAUUCUCAAAACAAAGUUUAACAGAGAAUCUGACACAAGCACAUCCAUUAGUCGAUUACACGUCUCCAGCUUAUAUAACACUCUUGUUCACAGACAUUGGCAUACUAACCCCAUCGGCUGUCAGUGACGAAUUGAUUAAGCUAUAUCUUUGAAUAUUUUUCGAUGUUCAAACGAAUAAAUCUCUUUAACUGUUAUUGCGACUAAAAAAAAACCAGAAAAUAAAUAAACUCUUUUGAUAAUAAUA